AUGGAGGCGCUGGCGCGCGAGCAGACGCUGCGCCGCGAGGCAGAGGGCCGCCUGAGCGCCACGAGCAGGGAGGUCGAGGAGCUGAGCGUCAGCCUGUUCGAGCAGGCCAACGAGAUGGUGGCCGCGGAGCGCCGCGCCCGCGCGCGCCUCGAGGAGCGCGUCGGCGAGCUCGAGGCGCGCGACGACGACAAGAGGAGGCGCCUGGACCGUUUGGAGGCCGCCAUGGCCCGCAUCGAGCGCGUCCGGAGUAUUCUUGACAAGUGA